GAUUUUUUAAAAAAAAACUUCUUUUAUGGAAGACAUCGAAACAAAAAGUAAAGACUCUUUAGCUGAUGCUAAAGGGCCUCACCACAAAGGAAAUGUUCUUUUAAGCAUUGGAUUGUAUUUUUUUCUCUCCUACUUUUUUGAGCGACUUGGGUUUUUUCUCGUUCUCUCUUUCACUGUUUACUUGAAACUUUUGGGCUACGAAGGAGCACGGGCUGCUCAAUUUUCUCAAUUCUUUUGGACUUUAACAAGUUUAGCUUCACUGCUCCUCAGUUAUUUAGCAGAUUCCGUUUUUGGCCGCUUUCCUGUUUUACUUGGAAGUUUAUUUAUUGGAACCAUUGGCUUUGGACUGAUUUCUCUUUCUUCUCAUAUAAAUAUCAGCAGCGCAAUUCUCUUUUUUAUUGGCUCUGUUAUACUUGCUUUGGGCGCAGGAGGAGCCCGGCCAGUCCUAACAGUUUUAGGAGCUGAUCAGUUUAAUAUUAAAGAUAAGCGGCAAGCAGUGCAUCAGAAGCAUUACUUUCAGUAUUUAUACUUAUUUGCAAACAUUGCAGCUGCGCUUUCUUCAGGAUUAAUUGCUUUUUAUGCUAAUGGAGAAAUCGGGCCUCCUACAAAGAGAGCAAACUACUUCAAUAGUUUUGUAAUGUCCUCUGCAUUUUACGCGGUUUCUCUGAUCAUCAUCCUUUUAGUUUCUCGGAAGCUUUACAAACCCGAACGCUCGGGCUCUGCUUUGACGAAUUUCAUUCGCGUUUGUUACUAUUCGGCUUGCAGGAACAUUUACGGCUUCUUUGUCUGCCUUGGCUUUAUACUACAGUUUGUGAGUUUAGGACUCUCCCUUGUAAGCCUUUUUGUGAGCCACUUGGCCAUUAACGGUAUUGCAUUGGCCUUCUCCUUCCUGGGACUUGCCUUCAUGAUUUUUCUCAACGAUAACGGCUGGGUCCGCACUGCCUCAAAUAGCGACCGUUUCAGCGACCAGUUCAUUGCUGAUUCGAUGGCGCUGCUCAAAAUAUUGCCAUAUAUAGCCUUUGCAGCCAUGUUCUGGUGCGUCUAUACCCAGAUGUCGUCCACGUUUCUACUGCAGGGUUGCCAGAUGAACACGAUGAAUUCUCUGAAGGCCACCCAGUUACCCAUGAUCAAUAGCGUCGCCAUCAUAAUUUUUGUGCCGAUCUUUAAUUCGCUGGUGUACCCGUUCCUGGAACGUAAGGGCUACCCAACCUCGCCUCUCCAGCGCAUCGGUGCCGGUCUUCUCCUAGCAUCCCUGACCAUGCUUGUCUCUGGCAUCGUGGAGGUCUACCGUCUCCGCAGUCCUCCUAGCAUUAACAAAGAAAGCUGUUCUGAUUUAGAAGAGUUUAAAAAGACGUUUGAGAGCAGCAUGAGCAUACUAGCCGCUCUGCCACAGCUCGUACUUGGUGGCCUCUCGGAAAUCCUCGCCGCCAUUACCUUCAGUGACUUUUACUAUGUGGAGGUUCCCGAGAACGUGCGGUCGGUGAGCCAGGCCCUUAGUUUGCUGGCCAUUUCUUUUGGAGCUGUUAUUAAUUCGAAUCUUAUUAAAGUCAGCGAGGGAACUCUUAUCAAGGAUGAUUUAAAUACAGGGAACUUGGAUACCUUUUUCUUUAUUAUCUUUGGUCUAGGCAUGCUCAACUUCUUGAUUUUUAUAAUGGUUUCGAGGCGCUAUGUGUAUACUUCUCCACCCCUAGCGCCUGCAAAAAUAAAUGAAAAAUAA